AUGGCCCCAUCUAUUGCCGAAGCACCCAAAUCCGAGGUCGUCGUGCCCGUCAAGGCCGAUGUCGCCUCCACCGAAACAAAGCCCAAGAUCCGGCGCAUCAUCGAUGAAGAAGGAGGAACCACCACCGCUACAUUCCCCCACUACCUCCCCGUCUGGGACCACAGCGAGAAAUACCCACCCCUCGAGCCCUUCACACACACCGAGCACGGCCUCAACGCAGACCCGACCUUCCCCGACCUGCUCCUCCCCGGCUCGAAGAUCCAAAAACUCACCCCGUCCACGGGCUCCGAGGUCUCCGGCGUGCAGCUCUCGAAACUCUCCGAUAAAGGCAAAGACCAACUCGCCCUCCUCGUCGCACAGCGCAAGGUCGUCGCCUUCCGCGACCAGGACCUCGCCUCCCUGCCCAUACAAGACGCACUCAAUUUCGGGGGAUAUUUUGGCCGCCAUCAUAUCCAUCCUACAUCUGGGGCUCCCGAGGGAUAUCCUGAGAUCCACCUGGUCCACCGAAACGGGAACAAGGGUGCCUUUGACGCCAUCUUCGCGGAGCGGAAUAGCACUGUUGGAUGGCACUCUGAUGUAACAUAUGAGCAGCAACCGCCCGGGACAACCUUCUUGUAUAUCCUGGAUACACCGGAAGUCGGCGGGGAUACGGCGUUUGUGAAUCAGGUCGAGGCGUAUAAUCGGUUGUCUCCCGCGAUCAAGGAGCGGCUUCAUGGGCUCAAGGCUGUGCAUAGUGGGUUUGAACAGGCGGAGUUUAGUCGACAAAGGGGAGGUGUGGUGCGCAGGGAGCCCGUUAAGAAUGAGCAUCCGCUUGUUAGGACGCAUCCCGCCACGGGGGAGAAGGCCUUGUUUGUUAAUGGGGGGUUCACCCGAAGCAUCGUCGGCCUGAAGAAAGAAGAAAGCGACGCGCUGCUCCAGUUCCUACUCAACCACAUCGGCCGUGGGAUCGACUACCAGGCCCGAGUCAAAUGGGCGCCUGGGACAGUUGUCGUCUGGGAUAACCGCGUCACGGCACACUCGGCUAUUGUGGACUGGACGACAGGGGAGCGCCGACACUUGGCGCGCAUUACACCACAGGCGGAGAGGCCGUAUGAGACACCGUAUGUUCCGGAGGAGUAA